CCCGAGCAGCCCCUGCCAGCACUGGGGAAUCCCUCCUCCAGCCCCCGGCGGUGCCCCGGGCGCCCGCGGAGCAAGCUGCAGGAAUGGAUCAGUCCAUCUGAAGAGGACUCUAUCCAAACAUUUGCAGUCUCCAAGCGCAUUCUCCUGAAGACUGGCAUUACAACUGCACCCUUUUUACAAUGGCUGAGAAGGCUCCACCAGGGAUCAACAAAAAGUCUUCAAGGUCGACCCUUUCCCUUCCUCCAGAACCAGUGGAGAUCAUUAGGAGCAAAGCUUGCUCGCGGAGAGUUAAAAUAAAUGUAGGUGGGAUCAACCAUGAAGUGCUGUGGAGGACUUUGGACAGACUUCCGAGGACACGAUUAGGAAAGCUCAGAGACUGCAAUACUCAUGAAUCUCUGCUGGAAGUAUGUGAUGACUAUAAUCUAAAUGAAAAUGAGUAUUUUUUUGAUCGACACCCAGGGGCUUUCACUUCCAUUUUGAAUUUCUACAGGACAGGGAAACUACAUAUGAUGGAAGAAAUGUGUGCUCUUUCUUUUGGCCAGGAGCUUGAUUACUGGGGGAUUGAUGAGAUAUAUUUAGAGUCUUGCUGCCAGGCAAGAUACCAUCAAAAGAAAGAACAGAUGAAUGAGGAGCUGAGGAGAGAGGCAGAGACAAUGCGAGAGAGAGAAGGGGAAGAGUUUGACAAUACCUGCUGCCCAGAGAAGAGGAAGAAGCUCUGGGACUUGCUGGAGAAGCCCAACUCAUCUGUGGCAGCAAAGCUCAUAUUUUAUGUGCUUUCCAGUGUAUUUGAAGACCAAGGUUGA